ACAAAAUUGUCAUAUAGAAUACCUGGAGAGCUUCAGUUUUUUUUUCUUUUCGCAUAGCUUUUUAUAAACAAUUGAUCUAGGCCGUAUUUCUUAUAUUAACAUGUCGAAUAAUACUGAUAUUAUGGAUGGUAUAGAACCAUGUCGGACGUGUGGUAUAUUCUAUUUAACAGCAUCAAAUUUCCUACGCAAAAUUUUUGAUUCCAGUACAGAUGAGUAUGAUUUAUCACAUAUUCGCUCUGAAUUAUCGACUUGGAAUGUUGAGAUUAAUCCAAAUGAUGGGUUGCCACAAUAUAUAUGCACGUGCUGUAUACUGGAAUUUAAAAAAGUUUUUAAAUUCCGGAAUCUAUGCAUAGAAUUACAAUCACAAUGGAGGAAUUUAUACAACAUAAGAGAAGAAAAUCGAAUAUAUAUUAAAAAGGAGCUAUCUGAACCAGAUGAAACAAGUGAAAAUAUUUGCGAUUUUAUAUAUGUUGACGACCUAAGCGAUAACGAAUUCAAUGGAAAAAGUGAUGCAAGUUAUACUCCUUUUAAUAUUCCUCAUAUUCCCAUUAAAGAGGAAGUUAUAGAAGGUGCGCCCACACUCAAUGACAAUUGUAUUUCAACAAUAAAGAAUACAUAUAAUGAAAGCAAUAUUAAGAGCACAGAAAGAGGUUUCGAAAGCAAUCAAUUUCAGAACCUAAUGCAAAUGCCGGACUACGAUUCUAAAAUAAUGGUGUCUCCAGUAUCUCCACUAUUGGACAAUUCCGUAAGCUCGGGUUCACCAUUUCAAUUGAACGAUGAAACGGUAAAACCAGUGCAAUGCAAUUUAUGUAGACAUAUGUCAGCUACUACAGAAUUGCAUAAACAGCACAUGCAACGAAUACAUGAGCUGAAAGACAUGGAGUGUCACAUAUGCGGAAAACAGUUUAAAAACACUACUGCUACACGUCUCAAAUUUCAUCUUAAAUGGCAUAGAAUUAGCAAACAUAUUAAAUGUGCUCAAUGCGGAUUUUUCUGUGACUCACGUGAGACUCUUAAAGAACAUACCAAAGCUAUUCAUUCUAAAAUUGAAUGCACGAAAUGUGGCAAACGUGUCUUGGGGAAAAAGAUGAAAGUCCAUAUGCGCGCUCAUGGAUUUAGAUCAUGGCAAUGUUCUUACUGUGAUAAAGCAUUUGAGUCGGAGAACGUACUUGAGGCUCAUAUUUGGCAAAUACAUGCUCACGAAGAUGAGGCGCCUAUUGUUUCUGAAAGUACGGAUUGCCCCAGUAAGGAGGAAGAACAAAGUCUAUCUUGUAGCCAAUGCUCUCAGCUUUAUCCUACGCAAUAUCAACUGAAUACACAUAAGCUGCUUUGUCAUUUCAAAGAAAAUACCUCGGACGAUGAUUCUUUUAAUACGGAACUUCAGAGUGAACAAUUUCACUACUCAGAUAGACAAGAUCUUGCAAUCCCUAUUACAAAUAUAGGAAAUGCUAAUGAAGUAAUUGAAGAAACACGAGUUCAUAUAGAAAGCUCCUACAGUUCUAGUAUCGAUAAUGAUUUUGCGCAAGUUAUCUCUUCUGAUGAUGAAAGCGGUGAUAGCGAAAGCCAGUCCAAAGAAAUUGUUUAUCCAAAAAAUACACAACCAUUUUCAAACACUGAUCAACUCUGUACCCACUAUCAGCAACAUUUGAAAAAAUCUGAACUUAGCUGUCAUAUAUGUGGUAAAUCUUUUGAACUCAAGUUUAGUCUUAAUCGUCAUUUAAAAAAACACAAGAACACAUAAUUUACAUCUUCAGUCUUUGGGUGACUAAUAUAUAGUGUUCUAUUGAAAGACAUUCAUAAAAUAAUUGUGUGCA